CGAAACUCUAGUAUAGUGAUAUAAGUUGGCUUUGUAUGUUUGACAUAAAAGUCACAUGAUAUAAGAAUCCUCAAAAUGGCGAGUCAGACACAGGGUAUUCAGCAACUCUUAGCCGCAGAAAAGAAAGCUGCCGAAAAAGUAUCCGAUGCAAGAAGGAGAAAGGCUAACCGACUAAAGCAAGCCAAGAAAGAAGCUGAUACAGAAAUCAAUACAUAUAAAACCGAGAGAGAAAGACAAUAUAAAGAUUAUGAAGCAAAGGUCUUGGGGUCAAGAGGUGAUAUGGAAACCAAAAUAGAAAUAAGCACCAAACAAAAGAUCCAUGACUUAAGUGAAAGUGUUAAGAGGAAUAAGGAGUCUGCAUUGACAAGUUUAUUAAACAUAGUCUAUGAGAUUAAUCCAGAGCUACACGAAAAUCUUAAACUUUAGAUACAACAAAUAUGCAUAGAUCAAAAUUAAAAGUAGUAUAAAUAUUACUCUUUCUUGUGGAGUAAUUAGAUUAUAUUAGUAAAAUAGAUCUAAACUUCUAAAUUAUAUAGUGCUUUCUUUCCCAACUAUCCUAUAUUUGCUCACCCAACCCUUUGCAAUUAGUAAGCAUUUGAUCACCUGUUAUGAGAGUGAAUAUAAGUAUUUAUGUUUUAUUUAAUCAUAUCUAAAUAAAUAUUAUAGUCUACAUUUUAAAGUUUCUAGUCCCAAAAUGGUAUCGGUUAUUUGUUUUUUUCCUUGAAAAAUAUUAAUUGUAAUAAUAAUGUCAGCUAUCUGCUAAUUAACAUGUGUGAAUGGAACAUAAUUUUUUAUAAUCGCUUCUUAAAAGAUUUUGGGUUGACUACUCUUUGUUAUAUUGCUUUGUUAAAGAGCAGGGUUUCUUUCUAUUUAAAUUACAGAAUGUCUAUACAAAAAUGUAACCGGAUGAGAACUAGUGAAACAGUUACUAUGUAUGUAAUGUACGAACUACGAAGCCAUUCACAAUACCUAGAAAGGGUAACUGCCAUUUUGGUUUACACUAUAGCCCUUCAUUUCAGUCUUAUUUGCAUAAUUUAACUCUUACAUAAGCACACAGCUAAAUUAUGUAUUAUACCGCACGUCACUUUCAAAAUGCAUAUGUACAUGCAUUGUUCCAUGUUAGAUUACGACUUAUUACCAAAUCCUGUUUGUGUGAAUAGGGGUUCUCAUAUUAGCAAUGGCUGUGAUUCUUGUAACAAAGGUAUGAAAUAUAUAUAUAUAUAUAUACAUGUAUUCAUUUAUAGUAUGGUUGUUAAACAUUAUCAUCCAACUCAUUUUAAAUUAUGAUUUAUUCUUACAAAACAAUGAUAACAAUUUGUGUGAAAUUAAUGUUGAUGUUUCGUUAAAGUUUUAAAACAUGAUAUUUAAUGACUGUCAUAUACUGACAUUUAUCUUUCCAAAUGGUGUACAUUUAAUUAGUAAUUUUGUUUGAUUGGUAUGUAUAAUGAAUUCUGUGUGUAUAACUGGUGUAAUGUAUAGGCUAUGAUAAUAAACUGAAUAUAACUAGG